CAAGUAGGGGUAGUUCAUGUUGAGAAAUUAUCUAACGGCCUGAAAACCAGACACAUAAUUUUUGAUUCAUACCGUAAAAUCAGCGCGAUCAUAAAGGGAUCCUGGUUCAGUAUGAGCACUUGAUGUACGUUUGUGAAGCUAUACUGAUGGCCAGCAAGAAAAAACAGGCGGUUCCAAAACUCAAAAGCACCGAAAAAUCUCCGGUUGGGAAGCGUAAGAAGCCGGAGGUGGUAGACCCGGUGAGCAGCGACGGAGAAGACUCGGAGCUAGAGAGAAACUUUGCGAUUUUUAGCAAACAGGGCUCGUCGAACAGCGCCGAGCGAGAGCAGGAAUCCGAUUUUGAAGAAGAUGAGGGCGACCGCAGUUCAGAUGAUGGCAGCGAGCCGGCCGAACAGGCGAGAGGUCCGGAGUCCGUCGGCAUCCAAGGAGAUGUUGAGAGCAGCGAUGGAGAAGCUGAGUCAGACGGCGAUUCUGAAGACGAUGAGGAUGACACUUCUGAAGACGACGAGGAUGACACUUCUGAAGAAGAAAGGACGCAAUCCGAGGUCAGAAAUGAUGGAAAAAUAAAAACUGAGGAGGAGGACAUCAAAAGUGAACUUUCAACGAUGUCUUUCGAGGACAUCAUGAAACUGCAGAAUAAAGUCGGUAUGAAGGUUUACAAUGAAGUGGCCUACGGGACCAAAAACAAACAGGUGCAUGAGAAAAAGAAACGCCUGAACAAGAACAGGCCUAUGGAGAUAUCCGCUAAGAGACCAGCUCCUUUUCUAAGACAAGUGGUGCCUGUCAAAAAACCGGUUCUGAGGGACCCUCGUUUUGAUGACCUGUCUGGGGAAUAUAAGCCAGAGAUCUUUGAAAAGACCUACAGCUUUAUUCACGAUAUAAAGCAGAAAGAAAAAGAGAUGGUUCAGAAGAAGCUUCGGAAAGUCAAAGGAACCAAGAGGAGGGAACAGCUGGAGCAGCUACUGAAGAGGAUGGUGAACCAGGAGGAGGCGCACCAGCGGCAGCAGCAGCAGCGGGAGAAACAGCUGGAGCUGAAGAGGAAGCAGAGGGAGCUGGUGGGGGAGGGACACAGGCCCUACUUCCUCAAGAAGUCGGACCAGCGCAAGCUGGAGCUGGCGGAGAAGUACCGGGACCUGAAGCGGAGCGGGAAGCUGGAGAGCUUCCUGAGCAAGAAGAGGAAGCGCAACGCCACCAAGGACCGGCGGAAGCUGCCCCCCAAGCCCGCCGCGGCGAUGUGACGCGCCCCCCCCCCCCGCCGGGAGGUUCCGGAACGACCGGCGGGUUCCGCCGCCUUCGUCAUCGUCGCGACUCUUCGUCUGAGCCUCGGCCCGGUCGUCCGCGUGGAGCUUGGCGAGCCGCGUGCGGUUUGGCCACUGGCUUUGCCGAUUUUUUAAGCUGUCAGCCACGGCCAGAACCGCCGCGGUCCGGGUUUCGAAACCAGUCCGUGGGCCUCAGCCUUGAAAACGAACUGUAUUCAAUCAUAAAGUACAUGUGUGUUUAUCUAGAAGCGCGUGUCAUACCGUUUUCUUGUAUCUGUGUGAAUUAUCUUUGUGUAAGGAAACCGGGAAACAUAUUUAAUUUGAGUUUCGACGUGCCGUUUGUUUAAGUGUGCAUCACAAUGCCCUGUUCUUUUAAGUGUUCUUCCAGUGGGGGCAGCUGGAUUGAUUUUGACAUGAAUUAGCGAGCUUUCAGAUAGUGAAUUAUCACGCCUGCAUUUUGGAGUUUUUUGUUUCGUUUUGUUUUGUUUUUUUUUUUGGUAGUUGUGCGCCAUUCAUUUUUCAUGACGUUAAUUUGAAUUCAAACUGCCGCACCGCUGAGGAGUCUGAUUGCUUCUGUGUAAUAAAAUGACCCUCCAGUCGCGCAGGGGCCGGGUGGAGAUGAUGGGGAAAUGAUUUCUUUUAAAGCUCUGCCAAAUUCGGAGAAGGCGGAGGCCGAGGUGCCAGACGGCUCGGACCCGCGCCGCGAAAACCUCUGCCCGCUCGGCCAGAGCGCCGCGAGCGCCAGCUGUUUGUAUUUUAGCACGCCGCGGCGCGGCGGGCAUCGCUGAUUUUCCCAUAAUUCCCCCGACGAGAGCACCAGGGAGCGGUAGUAAACCUCGCAAGUGAUGAGAACAAAAGCUUAUCCUCUUAAAACAGGUGCUCUGAGACCUAACCACGGGACAGGGAGGUGACAGGCGGCGGGGAGGGAAAGCUUAGCUCUGGCCGUCCGACGUUAAGGCCUUUAACCGCGGAAAUAAGCUGAUUGGCAGAAGGCUGACGCCGUUUUUUGGAACAAUCACCGCCGGCAAUCAACGUGUCAGGGAAAGCCACUUCACACCGAACGCUAGUUUAGUGGGGAUUGAAUAAUGAAAAAUAAAAAAACUGCCAGCCUGUGGGAUUUAAAAAAAAAAAAAUAAAUAAAUCUAGAGUAUACAGCCUUAAAUGAAGUUGCCUCUAGCAGGCUGGCACAGUUGGAGGUGUUAAGUGGUUUAUGGUCGCAGUUUGGAUGUCUUUGAAGAGGAAUUGCGGGCGAGUGCUUGGGCGUAGCAAUUUGCAACACAUCAGUGGCAAUUCUAUUAUACAUGCUAUAGAAGGAGCCUAUACUGUGCAUGUAUGUAUAUACUGUAUAUAUAUAUAUAUAUAUAUAUAUACACAAACACAUUGUAUAUGCGUCAUGUAUAUAAUUUCACCUUGUUGAUAGCUUUGCAUUGCUCAAGUGUACAAUUGCCUUGGAGAAAUACUAAAAAGCAAAAGAUAUAUAUCCUGAGAUCAGCAAUUGCAGACAUUUUUUGUAGACCGUCAACAAAAUGGUAAUUGCUGAUUCAUUGUUUUUUAAAUUUUUUAAGCACACACAUUUUUCAAAAAUUACACCGAUGGCCUUGCCAGCAAUUGAAAAUAAAAAGGGGAAGCUGUGUUUACAGCUUUAACCACCAGAUGGAGCAGGUAACUAAAGCCCAGGGAAGAAAGUGUCUCAUCGAUACCUGAACCGAUAUAGCCUGUAGUUGAGCACAAACGCUACGAGCUGAGUAUCUGUAGUGCUUUUCAUGUGCCUAUUUAGUUUAAUAAUACACAUUUUACAAAGGGU